GACAAUCAGAGCCUUGGGGAGACAGUUGAGCGUCUGCAUCCUGCUGCUUUUCUUCCCCUCCUCCUGCCUCAGGCUUCACAACCCUUCCCUCCCAUACCCCUCCUCUCCAUCCUCCACCUGCAUUAAGUGAAAAAACUGUGCUUCCUAUGGUCCACUAGUUACUUUCUCUGUGUUGGCAAGUCUAGCAAUGUCUUCUGGGUUGUCCCAACUGUCAGAGUCCACCCUGGCUUCUCCCACCAUCAAAAAGAAAGGUAUAAAGAAGAGGCUGGUUAAACUGUUCUCCAGGAGUGAGGGGAACUUAAAGGAGAAAUAUCAUACAGCCAGUGAUGGAGAUAAUUGCUUCACAGAAGAUGUUUCAAUGUCUACAGUGGAAGAAGGACAUUUGGUCAAAAAAGGCAGGAGCAGCUGGAGUGAGAAAAGGGGGAAGAAGGAACGGAGUGAUGCAGAAAACGAGAGGCAAGGAUGGGGCCAUAGUCUUCCACGCCUCAGAUACCACAGAGCUGAAGAUUCCAUGUCGAGAAGUUCCAAAAGAGCAUCAAAGACCCGAUCACUUAGUUCCUCCGAGAUGAAUUUGCCAGCCCCAGGCUUUCUGCAGCGGUUUGGGAGUCUGACCUGGCGCAAGAAGAAGCCCAGUGUCUUAGAUGGCAGUGGUUUGGCUUCCCCUGAGUCCACCCUAGUGGACACUCAUUGGUCCUUGGGUCAGCUGAACAGACCUGUGGAUAGCGUGAGUGACCUGAAGGAUGAGCGUCCAAAAUCCUGCUAUGUGGAAGCUUUGUUUACUGAGUCAGCAUUGGAAAGCUCAGAUUUUUGUCCCAAGGACAAUCAGAAUAUCCAAAAAAACCUAGAAAUAUCAGCAACCUUUGAUUGCCUGGCUGAUAGUACUGUAAGUUAUUGCUCCAGUGAAGAGGAUGCUGGAGAUAAAAUUACUCAGCUGCAGUCCUUUAUGUCUUCUAAUGAAAAGGAGGAGAAUGAGCAGGUAGUUCUCCCCUUUUGGGCACAGAGCAUACUCAAAGAGUACAUGCCAGAAUACCAUAAGCCGCAGCCAUCACCAGUUUUGAAAAAACAAGAAGAAGGUGAAGAAGAUAAAUGUCUUCAUGGUGAAUUGACUUACAACACAUCACAAGUUACAAUGACUGAAGAGCAGAUCAAUUCAGCCCCUCAUUCUCCCUCUCAGAGUGAAAAAUCCCUAGAACCAUAUCAGUACUCUCAAACACAUCCGAAGUGCCCAAGUUCCGAAAAUGAAGAGCAAGAUACACCUCAGCUAAACCCACCGUAUCCAGCUGUCCAAGAAGAAGCACUGGCGCAGAAUGUGACUGAAUCCCAGGCAACUCCAGGUCCACACAAAGUCCGUUAUGAAAUCAUCAUAACCAUGAAAAAAGAAGGACAGAUGGAUGAAACAGAUGUGCCUGAGUUGGGAGGGGCCAUGUCAAUAGGGGAGGAACUUGUAGGACCAGAUCUAAACCUGUCACCUUCAUUGGAAUGUCAGGCAUGUGGCCAUCAUAGGGCGGGUACUACAGCACUGACAGCUCAUGCUCACACAGAGCAGCCAAAGAACUAUACAAACCUGGAGGAUGAGAAGAUCUCUGAGCUGAGGGGAGGAGAAACCUGCGUGAGGGCACAUCUGGACAGGGAUAUCAGUUUGGCAGGGGAUGAACAGCAGGACCUUCUGGUCUGUGAGCAGACACCUGAACAUUAUAGAUCCCAGUCUCCCAAUAUGGAAAAGAAGUGCAGUCUCGAUAACGAACAUAGCCACAGCCCAGGGAGGGCUCAGCCUUCCAGAAUGGUAUUAAGUAAUAAUGAGGUAUCAAGAGUACCAACCAAUAGGGAUAGAAACUCCUAUGUGGGACAUGUUAUGGAUAUGAGGAAAGUGUUUGAAAGUAAUGGCUCAAAAGAAGAUUUUAUCCAUAAUUUGAAAAGUGUGAAACCAAAUUCAUACAGUUCUGUAAGAGAAAAAUAUACUGUAACUCAAAAUGAGCUUGGUGAUCUUCACAAACCAAUUUACUCUCAAGUUUUCAAGCCCCCUAAACCAUCUUUGGACAGAAAAGGUUGUAAUGAGUUAUUCCCUCAUUUGGCCAGGAAAGAUUCUGUCAAUGCAGCACAGGCUUGGGAAAGCAGUAAGGAAAUGAACAGUAGAUCAGUUCUGGAAAAGGAUAUGAUCCAUUUACGUGACAGGGAUGUAAAGGUUAAAGAGACCAAACAUAAACAUACAAUAUUACCUCUCAAAGAUCUCCAUGUUCAUCCCAGGACACCUACACCUCCACCAGAUAAGUCAAGGACUAUGUCAGUGUUUCUCACAUCGCCAAAAGGUUGGAGAAAGGAGAGCCUCAGAUCUCUGUCACCUAGACUACUUCAUGAGCAGACAGAUGGAAAUAUGGAUUGUGCUAAACCUGUAUUAAACAAGAGCCCAGAUAAAUUUACAUUCACAUAUAAUAAAGAUGGCUACCAAAACUAUGGUACAGAUUCAUUUUCAGCAAAACCAGUAGAAAAAGCAAGUAUAAAAGUGUAUAAAGGUACAGCAAAAGAAAUAAAUAAUAAUGUCCUAAUCACUAACCCACUUAUAACUAGUAAAGAGCAAUCUGAGAAUUCUUAUAAGAUGACUAUUCUUCAGGAUGAAAGCGAUUUAAAUAAUAUUGGGGAAAGUUCAACUGAUCGGAACUUGACCCUGGAGUCAAAUACAUUAACAGCUAUUUACAAACUUUCAGAAAGACAGCUGAGAGACACAGGUACUAGAGAAGAAGUUAUGCUACAAUUAGCAGAACAAGAAAGGCCGAUGCAGGACCCUGCAAUUAUAUCCUGGGAGCAGACAGAGUCUCCUGAUGACCAAAGUGUAUUCACAAAGAGCAAUACAAUUAUCAGAGGAGAAUCAGAUGACUACUAUGAACAAAGUAAUUUCUUUGGCACAGUUGAAAGUCAUAUAACAGAAAAUUAUAAAGUAAUGGAUAACCCUGUGACAUCAGAUAAUAUGAUUAAUAUGAACUAUUUAACAUCAGAGCAACCUAUAUUUUUAGAUUAUACUAUUCCAUUUGUAACUACAAAUGUAUACAAGGGUGCAACACAAGAUGCAAGCCAGCAUUGCCAUAUUGCUGAAUCAAACACAGAAUCAGUUACACGCAGAAAUUAUAUUAAUCCACCCGGAGAAAUAAUAACUGGGACAGCAGUCUCUGGAAACACUUUUGGAAAAACACAAACAAGAUCAUUUAUAUGGGAUUUUCCAGAAUAUAGUGGUCAAUGGCCUACAUCCAUGGUACUUGAGAAUAUUCACACUGAUUAUAUGAAUGAUAACUCUUAUAAUGGGUGGCACAAAGCUAAAGCUCAGAUGGUUUAUACAUCUACAGAAGAUGAGUCAGAGCAAAAGGAACAAGACAAGCCAAUAUCAGAAGUCUUGACCAAAGCUGGAAAUAUAAUCAUUUCUCAUCCAGAAGUAAAAGGUUACAGAACUGUAAAUAAGACUGAACAGAGCAGUGAAUCUGGAGAAAACAGAAAUCAGGCUAAUGAUGGGAUAGCUGCUGAUAAAAUCGGUUUGGAUCUUGGGUCUACAAAUCAGCAAAAAGCAGACAAUGAAAGUACAAAGCAGGAGCAUACAAAACAAAGUUAUGAUUCAGGAAUCCAUGAAGGAGACUUACAGGUAGUUGUGCAGCACUCUGUAGGUCUAAGUGAGGACAAAGCCAGGAUUUCAAAUGCUAGCCAAAAUGUAGACAAGACUUUUUCUGUAGUCACAAAUGACAAACCCGUUUGUACAAUUUUGCCAGUUGGAAAUGACAUAGAAAACGUGCCAUGUUUAACUCAAAAUGCACUAGUGCCAUCAAAAGAAACAUCUCAAAAACAAUCUACAAUACAACAAAAAGAGCUUACCCACAUACAUCAGGAUGGUAUAAUAGACAUCAAUCCAGUAAAUAAAGAAAUUUACAAUCACAUGAAGGAUGAAGAAAAAACACACCAAGCUAGGGAAAUGUUAUUUCAUAUCUUGUCAAAGGAGAUAUCAGUGGAGCAUGUAUAUGAUUUCAGGGAGAAAGAUUUGGAAAAAUGUAUGGCAAAUGAUAAUAUAGAUAUCAUUGAUCUUGCGCCUUCAAUGGAGGAUCAAGCAGAUAAUAUGAGUGACCUGUUAGAUGUACACCAGGCAGGUGAUAUGUUAGUCUACUUAGACACAAAGGAGGCAUUGGUGGAACAGGAUAAUGACCAGGCAGAUUUUUUACAGAAACCCGAAGAACUAGUAGGCCAGACUUACGAUGCAAUAGAUAUUGUGACAUGUGUAACUCAAGAUUCACUAGUGUUUGCACCAUCCAUUGAAGAAUGUCUACAGCAAGCUACAAGUCAACCAAGUAAAAAGUUUAUCCACAUGCAUACAAUUGUUGAAAAAGAUAUUAUGUCUGAAAAAGAAGAUCAAGCAGACAGCAACAUCAACAUGAACGAUGAAGAUAAAACACACCGAGUUUCGGAAUUGUUAUUUCACAUUCCUUCAAAGGAGAUAUCAGUGGAACAUGCAUAUUAUCAAGGGGAGAGAAAUUUGGAAAAAAUAGAGGUGGCAAAUGACAAUAUAGAUAUUGUUUAUAUUACUCCUUCAGUGGAGAAUGAAACAGAAAAUAUGAGUGGCUCAUUAGCUGUAGGUGAGGCAGGUGAUGUGUUAGGUUACACAUACACAAAGGAGGCAUCAGUGGAACAGGAUAAUCACCAGGCAAUUACAGAUAGGUUACAGAAAUUCGAACAACUAGUAGAUCAGACUGACAAUGCAACAGAUAUUUUAACCUUAGAAAAGGAAACAGAUGAAAAUAUCAGUAAAGGGGAAGGUGAUGAUAAGACAGACCAGAUGUUUGAUUACAUAUGUUCAGCUGGUGUAUCAGAAGAACAUGCCUUCAUUCAGUCUAAAGAUUAUUUGAUACGGAAGCCUAAGGAUGUGAUAGACCCACCUGUAAUUGUGAUAGAUGAGAGUUUGGAGGAGAACCAAGUAGAAAAUAUGCGUGGCUCAUUAGCCGUAGACGUGGCUGGAGAUGUGUUAGUUUACAUAUCCACAAAAGAAGCAUCAGUGGAGCAGUAUAAUCACAAGGCAAUUACAGAUAGGUUACAGAAACUGGAACAGCUAGUAGACCAGACUGACAAUGCAACAGAUAUUCUGACUUUGACGAAGGAAACAGAUGAAAAUAUCAGAUGGGAAGUUGAUGAUAACAAAGACCAGAUGUUUGAUUACAUAUGUUCAGUGAAUGUAUCAGAAGAACAUGGCUUCAUUCAGUCUAAAGAAUAUUUGAUACAGAAGCCUAUGGAUGUGAUAGACCCAAAUGUAAAUGUGAUAGAUGAGUGCUUGGAGGAGAACCCAGAAGAAAAUGAUAGUGGCUUAGAAGAUGAAGACACAGUAGACAUUCAAAGUUACAGACUGAUGACGGGCAAAUCAGUAGAAAAUACGAAUGAAAAACCAAGCAGUGAAAAACCUGUAGUUCAGGAAAACCAUUAUGCCAGUCUCACAGAUUCAUCUUCAAAGGACAUCCAAGCUGAGCAUAUAAUCAACCUUACUGCUGAAGAUAUAAAAGGUCAUUCAAACAAUUCUCAAAAUGUUAUCUUUUUUGCAUCCUUCAAUGAAGCAUCUGUAGAACACAACAAAUAUAAACCAGUUGCCAUAAACCAAGGAGAAAAUGUACUAAAUCAAUCUAAUGGUAUAAUCAGUAUUCUGCCUACUGAUGAGCUGCAUAAACAAGUCGAAUUUAUAACUAUGGACCCCAAAGUGGAACGCCAUAGUGAAAACUCUUUAUUAGCAAAUAAAAAUGAUAUUCAAGCGAUUGUUGAUAAAUACAGAAGUGACUAUGUUACUGACGACAGAAACUUGCUAAUACAGGAAGCACAAAAAGUUGAAAAUAGAAACCCUACUUCAUCCACUGGUUUUCAUUCUCAUUCUGGACAGAUCUCUUCAGAGAUAAGUUCAAAAGUGUGUCAGGAAAGUGUGCAGGAUGCAGACACACAAGCCUCAGGUCACUCAAUUAUAGAGGACAAAGGGUGUCCUGAUGUCCUUGAACCUUCAAUGCAAAAAGUGCUGACAAACCUAUCAGAGCAAUCAGUCCAACUUGUACAAGGCUCUCAUGUUUCCAAUACGGUUAAUGUAAGGAAUGACAUUACAACAGAGUAUACAGGGGAUCGGUACAAUUUGCAGAUUGAAGAAGAAUCUUCUAAAGAUAUGGAGAUGUGGAUUAACACACUUCGACACCUAGAGUCUCAUUCUGGGCAGAUCUCUACAGAGAUAAAUUCAAAAGUGUGUCAGGAAAGCAUGCCGGAUGCAGACACACAAACCACAGGUCAGUCAAAUAUAGAGGACAAAGGGUCUCCUGAUGUCCUUGAACCUUCAGUGCAAAAAGUGCUGACAAACCUAUCAGAGCAAUCAGUCCAACUUGAACAAGGCUCUCAAACUUACAAUACGGUUCAUGUUAGCAAUGACAUUACAACAGAGUAUACAGGGGAUCGGUACAAUUUGCAGAUUCAAGAAGAAUCUUCUAAAGAUAUGGAGAUGUGGAUUAACACACUUCGAUACCUAGAGUCUCAUUCUGGGAAGAUCUCUUCAGAGAUAAAUUCAAAAGUGUGUCAGGAAAGCGUGCCGGAUGCAGACACACAAACCACAGGUCAGUCAAAUACAGAGGACAAAGGGUCUCCUGAUGUCCUUGAACCUUCAGUGCAAAAAUUGCUUACAAACCUAUCAGAGCAAUCAGUCCAACUUGAACAAGGCUCUCAAACUUACAAUACGGUUCAUGUUAGCAAUGACAUUACAACAGAGUAUACAGGGGAUCGGUACAAUUUGCAGAUUGAAGAAGAAUCUUCUAAAGAUAUGGAGAUGUGGAUUAACACACUUCGACACCUAGAGUCUCAUUCUGGGCAGAUCUCUUCAGAGAUAAGUUCAAAAGUGUGUCAGGAAAGUGUGCAGGAUGCAGACACACAAACCACAGAUCAGUCAAAUAUAGAGGACAAAGGGUCUCCUGAUGUUCUUGAACCUUCAGUGCAAAAAGUGCUGACAAACCUAUCAGAGCAAUCAGUCCAACUUGAACAAGGCUCUCAAAUUUACAAUACGGUUCAUGUUAGCAAUGACAUUACAUCAGAGUAUACAGGGGAUCGGUACAAUUUGCAGAUUGAAGAAGAAUCUUCUAAAGAUAUGGAGAUGUGGAUUAACACACUUCGACACCUAGAGUCUCAUUCUGGGCAGAUCUCUUCAGAGAUAACUUCAAAAGUGUGUCAGGAAAGUGUGCAGGAUGCAGACACACAAACCACAGGUCAGUCAAAUACAGAGGACAAAGGGUCUACUGAUGUCCUUGAACCUUCAGUGCAAAAAUUGCUUACAAACCUAUCAGAGCAAUCAGUUCAAUUUGUACAAGGCUCUCAAGCUUACAAUAUGGUUCAUGUUAGGAAUGACAUUACAAAAGAGUAUACAGGAGAUCAGUACAAUUUGCAGAGUGAAGAAGAAUCUUCUAAAGAUAUGGCGAUGUGGAUUAAUACACUUCGACACCUGGAGAUUCCUGAAUUUAUGAAAUAUCAGAGAGUCCCAAGACAGCCACGGCAUUCUGCAUUAUCUAUGUAUGCCACUCUUCCCCCUAUCAAAGAGGAUGUGUGUUCCCCAAAUAGCGAUCACAUUGAUAGUGAUAGUCUCCCACAAGAGAAAAAUGAUGAUCUGGAGAUAAGUCAAGACACAAAACCAAUACUGAAUUUGGAGCAUAAUGAAAAAAAGUACUCCUGGGAGAAGGACUUUGAGAAGCCAAUACAGAUCUCCCCACUUGAAAUGAUGAGGAAACAUUCUGGAGAAGAAGUUGAAAGGACGACAUCCCAUAAAUCUUCGCUUACACAAAACCUCAGUCAAAGGCAAGAAUCAAUCAUUGGAUCCCUGUUGUUGUCUGAAAGACAAGAGAGAAAAAAUGAGCAGAAUGAGGGAAAGUCAUUCUCUAGGCUGAAAAGUAGUUUACUUUUAAGCAGUUAUAUCAAACCCAAAAAAGAGCCUUUAAGUGUAAAUGGAGAAGAGGAAGAAAUUUUGUCAGAUUCGGUGCAUACCGAAGCUGGAAGCACACAGCCGAAUGUGGUUGUUCCUAGAAUACCAGAAAGUCCAAAACAUCCAGUCACUGGAACUGAUACCCCUCCAAAGCAUACUGUGGAUUCUGUUCCCCCUCUGGUCUCUAAAGAACUCCCAUGCAAGUCAAACCUAAGGAUUGUCUCUCAAUUUAAAGCUUCCACUGACAUCUGGCACCAUACCAAAAAAGAACAUGGCAAAGUGAACCCCAGACCAGGGAAGGUUCUACUGUUUUCAGAUCUGGGGUUCAAUGGGAAGUGCUAUGAAAUUAAUGGAAAUGUGAGUGACACAAGUGAAUGGGAACUUCAGGAAACCAUAUCGAUACGGGUUAUCCGAGGGGGAUGGAUCCUGUAUGAAGAGCCACGGUUCCAUGGCAGGCGUGUUAUGCUUUUAGAAGGUGAUGCAGAACUGAAGUGUCCAUGGCUGGAACACACUGACUCAAACAGAGAGCCACAAACAACAUCAGCAUUUUGGGUUGGAUCCCUGCGCCAUGUUGUUAGAGAUUUUCGGGUCCCCAAAAUCAGUCUGUUCUUGCAGCCAAAUGGAGAAGGAGAAAAAGUACAAAUUGAAGGAGCUGCACCUGAUAUGAGCGAAUAUGGUGGGACAAUCAAAACAGAGUCCAUCAUUGUGCACUGUGGCAUGUGGCUUGUAUUUAGUAAGCCAUUAUAUCAAGGUGACCCCUACAUUCUGGAACCUGGUGGUUAUCCCAACAGGAGAUCUUGGGGGGCAGAGGAUCCUCAAGUAUGCUCCCUUGAAGCUGCAAGAAUUGGAGGCCCCAUUGUGGAAAAACCUAAUGAACCCAAACUGCUCCUGUUCCAGAUGCCUGAAUUUGAAGGUACUUGUUUGGAGGUGACUAGAGACAUGAAUUCUAUCCAGGGGGAGCACAACCUUCAGGGUGAAAAAUUAUACUCUGUCGGAUCUUUGAAGGUCGUGGGGGGCUGUUGGGUAGGGUAUGAGAAGGAAGGAUUUCGAGGUCACCAGUACCUGCUGGAAGAAGGUGACUUUAACGAUUUCUCGGACUGGGGUGGCUGCACAGAGGAGCUGGGUUCUGUCAGACUUAUCCGAACGGAUUUCUCACAACCUGAGAUAGUGCUCUAUGAGUUACCCGGAUGUUUAGAGGGUCCCUGCUUGCGUCUUAGUGAAUCCCUGGCUGAUUUAGAAGAGGCUCAGUAUGGAACAAGGACAGGAUCCAUCCAUGUUCUGAGUGGAGUGUGGGUAGCAUACGAGAAUGUGGAUUUCUCAGGGGAGCAGUAUAUUUUAGAGAAAGGGGUAUAUCACAACUAUCAGGACUGGGGAGCUGAGAACGGCAAGAUCUCUUCUGUCCAACCUGUGAUUCAGGUUGGGGGAAACAGCCUCCAUUUUUUGGCCAAGAUCCACAUGUUCUCAGAGCCAAACUUCUAUGGUGACUGUUUAACUUGCAUAGGAGGCCACAUGGAGCUCCCAGAAUUAUUUUCACUUCAGUCUUGCAGGGUGGAGUGUGGAAGCUGGAGUCUGUAUGAGGGUGAGAACCAAAGUGGAGAACAGUAUAUUCUGUCAGAAGGAGAAUACCCAACACGAACUGCCAUGGGGUGUCUGACACCCUGCCCUCUACGAUCUCUAAAAAUGGUGCCUCUGUACUUUUCUAUUCCUUCUCUAUCACUCCAUGGCUUAGAGAGAUUUGAGGGGAAGGAGUUGGAUUUUACUGAAGAAGUUCGGAGCCUCCAGGGAGAGGGGUACAACAACCACGUGAUGUCAGUGAGCGUAAAGAGUGGCAUAUGGGUAGUUUAUGAGCACAGUGAUUUUAGGGGUAGACAGUGGUUAUUGGAACGUAAGCAGAUUCCUAACUGGCUGCUUUACAGUGGACUCCAGCGAAUUGGAUCACUCUGCCCCAUCCGACAGAGGACUGUGUAUUUCCGACUUCGGAACCGUAAUCUGGGACUUUUUCUCUGUGUUGCUGAACUGACAGAGGAUAUGAAGGCAGCCCGUGUGCUUGUGACUGAGCCACAAGAUGGAAGGUGUUUACUGUGGUACUACGAGGAGGGUCGUCUUAAAAACCAGAUGGCUCCUCACAUGAAUUUGCAAGUGAUUGGCCAGUCAUCCUCUGGAACCAAAGUGGUGUUAUGGUCCGAGAGCCGCAAGCCAAUUCAGACCUGGAACCUAGAAGAUUCUGGCUGCAUAACAAGCUGUCUUUUUAAAGGAAUGUGCCUUGAUGUAAAAGGAGGCCAAUGCUAUGACUCAGACCAUGUGAUAAUAUGGGAGACUACAGAAGACAGACUGACCCAGCAAUGGGACCUGGAGGUGUUCUAACACUGGAGCCAGCUUUACCGUGUACUCAAGGCAAAGUGGAAUAUGGAAAUGUUAGCAAGACUAUUUACAACGCAAUACCCAAAGAUUAACAUCAAUAAAUGGCUGCUGGACCAGAAACAUCUAACAUAACACAUCAUUUUCCCCCUGUCCUCUCUAUGCUGCUUUAGAAGACAGGAGACCCAGAACAUCUGGUUUUGUAGUAUUAAAGAAUAUUUGUAUUUAUCCUACAAACCCACCAGAAAAUCACAACCUAUAUAAACUAACUUUAACCCCAUUUAGUUUCGGUAAAGCAAAUAACUCUCUUUGUUUACCUUUAGAAGAACUCUAUACCCUCUUUACAAAUGAGGGGUUUGUUCUUGGGGAAUACCAUCACUUAAUGGAUCAGAGAUACCUUCUGGAAAACUAGGAAUUGCAGGUACUGCAAGUUACAAAGUAGUCAAUGUAAUCUUUCAGCUGCAAACAUGUUAACAUUAAUCAAGAGGACAUUUUUUAUAUGCUAGCACCACCCAAUGGAAAACAGCAGCAGACAAAAUGGCCCAUGUCCCUCUAGCGUAACAACAUAUCUUAAAAAGAUAUACACUUCUCCUUUACUCCAUAUGCAAGAAAUGUGAAGAAGCUGUGCAAUACAGGGAGCAGAAUCCUGUAUAUAGUGUUUGCUAGCACAAUAAUCUUUUACACAAAGAUACACUUUUAUUUAUAUUUACUGUAAAUGUAUAUUUUUAUACAGAUAUUCAUACCUUCUCCUUUUCAAGUUCACAAGCUCUGGGUGGUUUUGUACAUACUGUAUUGGGGACAUUAAAAAUGACAUUAUUUAA